AGCUGGGCUGCAGCCGGAGGAGGUGGACUUACAAACUAGCCUGCGAGAGGCAGGAGUUCCAGUCGGGUAGUAAAACAGCACGCCCAGGGAAAAGGUGAAAUGAACCCUUGGAAAUGUCUGUGGCAGAGAAUACAUGAGCAAAGGACCAAGAGAGCUGCAUGAUUGUUGGACACCGGCCCUCUUAAAGGUUAAGAAAUGGGCCAGACCUCAGUCUCCUCUCUGUCUGAGCAAGCCAGCGUUGAUGGAUUAGACAAAGCUUCAAUUGCAAAUUCUGAUGGGCCACCCCCAGGAUCCCAGACGCCUCCUUUCAAGAGAAAAGGCAAACUCUCUACCAUUGGCAAAAUUUUUAAACCUUGGAAAUGGCGGAAGAAGAAGACCAGUGACAAAUUUAAAGAAACAUCAGCAGUGUUGGAAAGGAAGAUUUCCACAAGACAAAGUAGAGAAGAGCUGAUAAGAAAGGGUGUUCUGAAGGAAAUGCCUGAGCAAGUUGGUGAUGUAACAGUAAAUUUUGAAACCUCAAAUGGGCACACCAUAACUAUCAGUGAAGAAACCAUCCAGGAAGAAAAUGUAGUAAAGACCACAGAAGACAAUGGCUCCUUAUCUGCCAAAGCGUCAGCUGUCGAAGGAAAAAAAGAAGAUAAAAAAGCUAGCUCCUCUCAUGUAAAAAAAUUACCCGUCUCUCAGUCAUCUUCUUCACAAUCUCUUUCAUCCACAUCAUCUCAUCCAAAAGCCUCUAAGGAGACAGCACCUAGUAAAACGGGCACAUCAGGGACUGCCAGGGUCAAGAAAAAACCGGGGAAGCAGUCAGCCCCACGAACCCGUGCAGAUGGGGAUGUUUCUUCCACCUCCAAUGCAGCAGCAAACAGUUUAGAAACAAAGGUGGAAAGCUCUCAGUCAGAGCAACCUUCCGUCAUAAUUUCUGAAUCUGAAGAUACAGACCAGCAGAGCAAACUGAUUGUCCCUCCUCCUCCCACUGCUCCUCCUCCUCCUCCACCGCCGCUGCUGCCGCCUUCCUCUCCUUCUUCAGCCAGUCAGUCCACUGGCUCCUCAGAAACACCAGAUGUACCCAUUAGCACCAAAGCAGGCCUGUCUGUCCCAGGCUCAGAUUCUAAUCCUCUUCUCCAGACUGAACAUGAAACAGACAAUGAAGACCUUAGCAGUAUAGCCCUAGACAAUAGCCUGGAUAGGAGUGAAGAAAACACAACAUGUUCAGUUACCAAAGAAGACCAGGAAGAGGAAACUCCUAACCUAGCAAGUUCUCAACCAACAGAAGAACCUCCUGAGCCUAUGGAAAGUGAGAGCAGCAAAGAGAGCCACACCAGCGACUCCGAUUCAGAUGGGCCAAUACUCUACACUGAUGAUGACGAUGACGACGAUGAUAACACAAGUGCAGAAAGCUCUUUGGCAAGUAAAAUCCGUCGUAGGGAUACUCUUGCUAUCAAACUUGGCAACAGACCAUCUAAAAAAGAAUUGGAAGACAAAAACAUCUUGCAGCGUACCUCUGAGGAGGAGAGGCAGGAAAUCAGACAUCAGAUCGGAACAAAGCUAGUGAGGAGACUUAGCCAGAGGCCUACAACUGAAGAGCUAGAGCAGAGAAAUAUCCUGAAGCAGAAGAAUGCAGAAGAAGAACAGGAAGCCAGGAGAGAAUUAAAACGCAGUCUCAGCAGAAAGCUCAGUCUGAGACCUACAGUGGCUGAACUUCAGGCAAGAAGAAUCCUACGUUUCAAUGAAUAUGUGGAAGUAACAGAGUCCCCGGAUUAUGAUCGCCGAGCAGACAAGCCUUGGGCAAGGUUAACUCCUGCAGACAAGGCAGCAAUACGGAAAGAACUGAAUGAAUUUAAAAGCACAGAAAUGGAAGUACAUGAGGAAAGUCGACAGUUUACAAGCAUGUCCCAGAUGAAAUUCCAACAGUCUGCAGGUAUGGGAGGAGAGCCGUGCUUCCACAGAAUCACUGAAAACUAUAUGAAAGUUUCAUCGUCCAUAAUUGUUUGACAGUAUCCCAUACUUCAUGCCCCAGUUUCCUUUGGGAAAAUCAUUGCAUCAUGAAGACCUGAGAUUGCACUGGAACUUGAAUGAGUGUGAGUGUGUGUUGCAGCUUACCCUGAGGUUAAUGAAGAAUGUGGCCCUCAUCUUUAUUAGAGAACAAGAGAUUUUACUGGUACCAGAACCCAGGGAAAGUGGGGGUAGCAUUCCAUAUUAACUAAGCAAAGUCUUGAUGGUAAGAGAGAUUGUGAUUCUGUGGCUAGCUCACACAGAUACAUUGAUAUUUUUUCAUCAAAGCUUGAGCAGACAAGAAGAGCUGAAGACAAUCGUUUGACAGCCUGUGGCCACGAACUCAUCAGACUUUACAUCAUGGUGACCGACGGUAAUUGUGGGUACAGUGGGAACACAAAGAGAGGAGGGCAGGGAAAGAGACUUUGCCUGUCAAUUAACAGAAAAAAGUUAGAACAAACUGGUAGUAAAUUCUUUAUGAAAAACUGGUUUAAUUAUAUAUUUGGAUGGCAGGAGGAAAAGAUUUGUAAAUCUGGGAGUUUAAGCAACUGUGUGUGUGUUUUCUAGAGACUUCGGCCUGUUCUAGCAAGAUAGUAUGCCACCAAGUCCUCAUUUCAUCAGUACUUUAGUGAAGUACAGUAAUUUUUGUGGUGCCAGUGAACCUACUUGCCAGAAAAUAUUCUUGUUAUAAUUAAGAUGUAUUUUUAAAAAUUCUGAAAAGCAUGCUUAAAGAAAAUACAUUGAGUAUUCGUAUAGCACAGCUAAAUAUGGUUGGUGGUUUUUUAAUACAGUUACACCUUGGAUUCUCUACGAUAAUGCAUCAGAAUUACACAAGUAGGUUUCAAAGGACAAAUAAUAGGACACUGUGAGUGCAAUGAAAGGAUUCAGAUUUUGAAACACUCUUCUUUUGUCUGUCACUCACGUUGUUGUCAAAGUAGUGGCACCAAUAUCUCUGUGAACUAUGGCAGACAGUAUUGACAAUCAUGACAUUCUAAUUUGAAUCCAGAAUUAGAACUGAAAUCAGCCAUGAAUUUGCAUAUUAGUAGGUUUGGAAAGUGGUUAACAAUGUGACUUAACUUUAAGAGCAACAUUAGAUGGAUCCCUUGGAUUGCUUCUAGAAAGAAUUAAUAUGUGGAUCAGUACAUCUUCAUCAAGGGCCUUGUAAAAGCUACAGAAAAUCCUUAGUGUCCACAGCCUGUUUUUGUUGUAUGCAAAGAAUGCUUAUUAACUCACAACUUCUGAAAUUGUAUGUGUGAAUACAAUACUAUUAAAAUUAAAUGGUAUGGAGCGUGAAAGGCAAUAUGUGCUUUUGUUAGGUCAGCCCUAAGGCCUAUUACAAGCCUUUGGCAUUGUUUACACUAAAAAAUUCUCUGUCUUAUAUUGGCACUUAUUUAUCCUUUGAUUUAUGUACACAAUGACUUUUCUGGGCCUGGAGUACACAUAAACAUAUAUGUAAUGCAGUAUUACAGUAUAUAUACUAUUUAUCCUUUUUUAUAUGUGUAUAUAAUUACAAUUUAUUUUUGUCUUUUAUGUGCCCUGUUUAGUUUUUAAUUAUGAAAGCUAGGUAUUUUUUCAGGCAAUAAAAGGUCUGUGCAGAGUGAUUUUUACCUCAGAUUCUGCAGUAGGUUCUUGUGGAGUGUUUUUAAUUUAUAAAAUUGAAGAUUGUCAUUUUAGAUGUCAGCCUAAAGGCGGAAUGCAAUUUAGUGGCUAAAAUAAGAUCUCUCUCUUUACUGAUAUUUACAACAAGACCAGGUUUGCUUAAAUGGGAUGGAUUAUUUUUGUAAAGGGCAUUCAAGUAAUAGCAGGGUGCUUUCCAUGAGCUGGCUCUCUGUUUAUUUUUAAAUAGAUUGAUUUAAAUAUUUUAAGGAAAUAGGUUGAUAGGACCUCUAAGAACACUUUAAUUUUGGUAAAAAUCCUACAGAAUGCAGGGUAUGAACCCAAAAAUAUGAAUAACUAGUAAAACAGCCAACUACAAGCUUGUAGCAAAUAAAAAUAAUCAGCAUUGUUCCGCCUCUUACUGGAAUCAAUUAAAUAUAUUAAAAAUAGAAUUAGUAGGAAACAAUUUAGCUUCUGCAAUGCCAUCAUUUUGUAACUAUGGAAGCAGCAUUUUUACAUCAAAGAAGCCAUGAAAAUGUGUGCCACACUAAAUCAUACAGAUAUGUGCAAGCCAUUAGUUAUAAUUUUGACAGAAUUCCUAUUAAAAUCCCUUAUUUUCAAGGUUUAAAAGUGUACCCUGGAUUAAAGCUUGGCAAAACAAUUCUUCUCCAGAAACUGUUUUUGUUUGUUUGUUGCCAAAUUUAGAAGAAAGUGUGGAGUGCAAAAUAGUGUAGAAGUUUACUCUUUUAACACUGACCCAUAUAAUUUGAGUUUUUGUUUCAAAAAAAAUUAAAUGGGACAACUGACAGGUCCUUAAUACGACCUAAUCACUUUGAUAGUUUAAAAAAUAUUACCAAGGGAUUAAAUUUAGAAAAGUGGCUAUGACAUAUGCCCUGUAAAAGUUUUCACAAAUGUAUGGCUUGACCCUGCAAAUGCUAUGCAGGAUAGAAGUCCCAUUGAUAUCACUGUGUGAGUAAUGACUACCCAUGUAAGUUAAAGCCAGCAGGACUGGGAAUUUAGGGCCCGCUUUUAUUCCCAGUGAAAUCAAUGGUGGGCUUUGCCAUUGAGAACAUAUGCCAUUUUAUAUAUUUGACAACUAAUAGAAGCUACCAGGGCCUCCAUUGUUAAAAUAAGAUACAAACUAUGGCCCUAAUUCAACAAAGCACUUAUCCACAUGCUUAAAAUGGGAUAAAGGAAGUUGACCUCAGUAGGACUUAUGCACACACUUAAGUGCUUUGCUAAAUUAGAACUUACAAAUUGUUUAUAUAUAAUAUACAUACACGUUUAACCCUGUACAUAUAUUUUAUAUAUUGUAAAUAGCAACGGGUUUGGAGGACAAAAGUUGUAAAGUGUUGACCAAGUGAUAGACAAGUUAAUGAGAUUGUGAUACACUGUAGUGCUUGAUGAGACAAGUUUGCUUUUUCUUGCUGAGCUGCACAGCUUUCAGAUUUCAGAUCUCUCUCUUGGUCCUUUGUACAAGUUGCCUCAGAUCUUUUUCAAAUUGCUGUAGUGGAAAGGAAUAUGAUGCGUAUCUAAGCCCCAGAGAGCCUGGCGGCAUGCAACUCAGCAAGAAAUAAUCACAAGUACUGUAAUAUGAGGCCUAGAAAAGGAAAAACUGGUUGGAGAGAGUCAACAUGGCAGUCCCUAAGGCAGAAAAUGAGAGGGAAAAGAGGUGAAAAAGUUCCCACCAUGGUGCCAAACACAAUCCAAUUAGCUGAAAUGGGUGAUGUGAUCAGUGUUAGUUUGAACUUCUGUUCAGAUAGACAAUUAAUACAAUUCUAUUUUAGGAUACUUGACCAUGGGGUAGUUACCUGUAUUGUGUUCAGCAAUCCAAGUGGACAUAAAUAUAUAUACAAACACACUCAGUAGACUGGAGUAACCAUUUCAAAAUUAUUGGACAUAUAAUAGACUCAGGUCUCAAUCUUACAUUUGUCUUGCAUCUAGACAUCCCACUAUAUUGUACUUGAGGGUACACAGGAUUGGGUCAUUUAAAAAAUUCUAAACUCUUAUGUACAAAGCAGAUUGAAAUGUCUGAAGGAGUCACUCCAGCCUCUUAGAUGAUAUUUGUAUCUCCUUGUGAGUGAACUGAGAAACUUAUAAAAAUUGUACAAAAUCCUAAAUAAUUAAUAGGAAUUACUGUAGACUUAAAAAUUAAACCUGUUUUAAGACAAGAUACCAGUAGCUAGAAAUCAUUUUGGACAGGGAUUGCAGGCCUAAGUCUGUUAGGGCCAAUCCUACAGCACUACCAAGGACAGAGAUUACUGCCAUGAAUAGUCUAAUUGAAGUCAAUGAGCUUACUUGCUGUAUAAGACAUACAGUGGGUUUACAGGGUUGUAAGUGUUUGAAGGAUCAGGCACUUAUCUAGAAACACCAAAGUUCAAAGUUCCAUGUGUGCUCCCCUAUAGUUGACACUACUAACUCCUAAAGCAGUACAAAAAAUUAAGGCCACGCCCUGCCCUGCUUUAGUGAAGCUUACGUCAAUUAUUACAGAAGAAAUACUGAACUUGCUCAUUGGCCGGUACAGAUCUUUUCAGAUCAACUCUAAAGAAUGUUUUUCUUUAAAAUCAAAUGGAAGCUGUGACCCAAACUUAAAAAAAAAUUCCUGAACAUUCAAAGGUAGAUGCCCUUUCUGAACUUACUUUCAUCAGUAGUCUAUCUUCAAUGGAAUUGCUUCAAAUACAAGUCUUGUCAACAUUUAUGCUACAUCCGUGUUAAGGAACAUGCUUACAACAUGGUUGUCCCUCAACCUAAUUACAAACCUGGUCUGAUCAAGGAUUUAGCAUGAAUAAAAACGUAUUUCCAGCAAAAUCUAUAUUACAGUCUAUGGGGGAACCCAUAGCCCUAAUCCAGCAUCCACUGAAAUCAAUGGAAAGAAUUCCCUUCACUAUGGUAGGCACUGGAUCAAGCCCAAUGUAUGUAAUCAGGUUAGUGACCAAAUGAGUUGUAAUCACAAGCCCUGACAUGACUGUCUCUGUGUAGUACAGAUAUAGAGCUUUAUGCUGCUGUAAACAGAAAUCACAAUCUGGCUCUUUGUCCUUAAUUUCCAAUUUAGUACUUUUGUCAGAUGGUAGCAUGAGUUAAAGGCUUAUGCUAUGUCCAUCAGCACACUGGUUGUCCUGGCACGUCACAGUGCAUCAUUUAAUACUUUAACACCAUUUUUAUUUGUAUCGCAAGGAGUUAAAUUUGUGCAGCUGCUGUAAAUCAAAAAUAAGAUGUUCUCAGGGUGAAAAACAAAUUUGCCUCCUGCCUUUAGGAGCCAUCAGAUUUAGCUCUACUGUUGUUGUUUUGUACAAUAAAAAUACCAAUAUCAUAGUGCAAUACUCACUGCUGGGACUUAAAAACUAGCUUUUGGAGGACAAGAAUGAUAUUUAGGAAACCAGUUGUGAAAGAUGUUUUUAGGGUGCUAGUGAAAUAUUUUGAGAAUAAAAUAAAAAGGAAAGAAAAUAAAUCCCCGUGAAUAGUUUAAAUCAUGUUUAGAAAUAGGCAUCUGAAAAAUCUUAGGGAAGUAUAGAUAUAGAUCAAGAGAGAGAGAUGCAGUAGAAAAAACAAACUUCAAUAUAAUAUUAUGGCAGGUUUCUAUUUAUUAAUUUUAAUGAAUGAGGUCAUGUUUUAUUAUAUCAAUCUCUAUAUCUUGUUCCAGAACUUUAAUGAAAAUACAGCUCAUGUGAGCUACUGUAGCAACGCAAGAAAGUUGUUUUUAUACCAGUAGGUUUGUUUGUGUGUUUGUUUUUUGUUUUUCCAUCUAGAAGCUAAAUACUGUAUUGGAUAGGAACAAAGGAAUUAAUGAUAUUCUAUGCCUGUCUUUAUCAUUAUUUCUUGAUUCACCAUCUCGCAAUACUAUGUCAAAUUUAACCAUGGUUAAGUAUUGUUAUAAUAGAGUAAAAUGAUGCUGAACAUAUCUUCUCUUCCUUUUGCUAUUAUGUGUGGUGGUAUUUUGAUUUGUAAAUUUGUGUAAAUUUUGGAAUUAAAGAAACAUUGUGUUUUGGACAAUUAUUUUAAUUGGUAUGAUUUUGAGCCAAACAACAACAUCCAUGACUUAAAUGCAUAGUUUUGAUGGACAGCUAGGUGUAUCAGGUUUUUUUUGGAGUUUGAUAUAGCAAAAGCUAAUUUAAUAUCUCCAUUAAAAUAGAGCUUAUGAAUUUUUAUUUUUCUUAAAGAGAAAAAAUUCUAUUUGCAGCAAAAUGUUAAAUCUAGGCAAACAGAUGGAUCAGCACCGACAUUGCUGUACAUUGAAGAACCAAUAGCUUUGUGCCACUUGCCAGGUUUUUUUUCUUUACUGACCAACUACUCUGGCUAUUAGCAUAGCCUGGCAAUAUCAAUAUGUCGUGUUGCAGACCUAGAAGUACACUGGACUUUCAAGAAAAAGUAUUCUCUGAUGCAGAAUUGAAGUGCAUCACAGUUAGGGCUUGAUACCGCAAAUCUUUGCUCAUGUGACUCUUUCCACUGAAGUUCACUGGGACACUUCAAAGGGAUGCCUCCCUGGCAAGGGGUUUGCUGGGUUAGCCAAGCAUUAAAACAAUAGAAAGGAAUAAAACCCACUAUGUACAGAAUCCAACUAGAGCUAGUGAUAGAGUUCCUAUAGGGGCUGAUUGGGCUUUCACUGAAGUCAAUGCGAGUUUUGCCAUCAGCUUCUCUAUAAGCAGGUUAGGGCCCAUAGUCACCCAGAAUUAAAUCUUGGCUCCACUGAAGGUUUUGUGAUUCAUUUCAUGGGGAUCAGGAUUUCACUUGCAGAAUAUAAUCAAGGUUGUUAUAUAUAUCAACAGGCACUAGAACAGUGUUGCCACUUCACUUUGUUGUUAUUAGUUGGAUUAACACAAAGAAAACAUGCCCAGUUGUGCUCAGAGUAUCCUGCCUGAAUUUCACCAAAGUUCCAUACUUAAAACUCAAAAGAAAGAUGCAAACAUUCCAGGGUUGAUUUUCGGCUGCCUUGCCAGUUGUGUAGUCAUUGGUAUCUAUGCCAAGUAGGUGUAGAAUGCCACCAGUUCAGAACUGUGGCAUUUUAUGCUCGUUUUGCACAGCUAUAAGAAAGAGACCAUACAAAGUGCAAAGCAAUGGAGAAUCAAACAAUCAAGUCUUAAACUUACACAGUGUGCUUUAUAUAAUUAUAUAUUGUAAAGACAAGACCUGUAUGCCUCCCUUUGUAUCGUAACAGCUUUAGUUAGGGACUGACUAUGGCAACUUGGAUGAAAAUAUCAGACCAAAUGAAUGAGUUUAUAAUUUCCAGUGACUAGUCCGAUACUCCAUAUUACACAGGUGUAUUGAGAUCUGUGAAUGUAAAUAACUGGAACUACACAUCAGUUAAUAGCACAGUUUCUUCUUGGUUCUUGAUCUGUUCUGCAGUAUAUAUUUUCCACUACUGUCAUCUGAAAAGAGUAUGUAUUACCUUUUUUAUAUAAAGUACCCAUCUUUCCUUUGUGUUUAUGCUGUUAUUUAAUAAGCAAAAUUGUGUUCUGCCUAGUUGUACAAUGUUGUAGGAUAUUUUCCUGUGCACAGUUUCAAGUGCCUUAGAAAACUGUUUAGCUCUUAAUUAUAUAUAUAAAUAUAUAUAAAAUGAAAAAAUUACCUCAAUAAAACUGUUCAGAAAACACAAA